GAUGUGAGUUGCGCGAAGCGUCACUUUACUGUGCGUAUUACAAAGUUAAAAAUCAUUCACUGGUAGUAUAGCCCAGCAGCGGUUUACGCGAAGCUAGUUGCUAAGAUUGCCCGGCAUGAAUCCGGUCAACGCUUCAUCUAAGCUUCGAAAAAUGCGCACCACCACGAGAAGGAACAUUAACUGCACGUCGAAACAAGAACCAGAGGAAGAAGAAGAUAUUAAGGGUUACGCUGAGACCACUAUGAAUGAGCUUCUUAGUUGGUAUGGUUAUGAUAAACUGGACACCAGAGAGACCCAGGCUCUGAAUCUACAACGUUUCAAUACUGUCAAACACCCUUCGCCGUUGCAAGUAUCUUCGACCCCUGAUGACGCGGGUUCUGAGGAUUCAUACUCAGAUGUAUUAUCUAACAGUGGAAGUAGACUCACUGUCAGAACGACUUCUGGUGGUGGAGACAAUAUUGAUACACCUAUAACGUCACCAAGUCCCAGCACUGAAGAAAGGACAACAUUGUCACCGAGUUACAUCAUUUGUUCCUGGUGCCAAAAGAUUGGAAUGAAACUGUUCACUUUAAGAACUAACAGCGGCUUCAAGGCGUUCUGUAGCGAAUUGUGUUUUACCCAAUGUCGAAGAGCAUCGUUCAAGAGAAACAAAACGUGUGAUUGGUGCAAACAUAUUAGACACACAAUUAAUUACGUCAAUUUUCAGGAUGGUGAACAAAUUCUGCGUUUCUGUAGCGAUAAGUGCUUAAAUCAAUACAAAAUGAAUAUCUUUUGCAAAGAAACUCAAGAGCACCUUCAAUUACAUCCGAAUUUACAGGAAGUAGCUUACCAAUUUGAAAAUAGUGCUUCCAAGAAGCUGAUUACACCAGAUUUAUGGCUAAAAGGAUGUAAAGAUGACAACUGUACUAAAAAAUUAAGUCAAAGGGAGUCUUCGAUAACGCUGCAAAAGAAAAAUGGAGAUUCCCCUCUUACACCAGAUGAAAGGACCAUCUCCUCGCAUACUCCUACUACAAACACUUCACCAGUCGAUUCUGAAAGGAAAUAUUAUGAUUCUUUAUCGGAGGAAAAAAAUUCCCCAAUUCAGAAUGAUUGGAAAGAAUCUGAAAAAAUUCUGUGUGGUCGUACUACAAACAGAUAUGAAUCAAAAAAAGAUGUUUCAGUUCAUCAACAUACAGGUUCUCGGUGCAAUCCUAAUACAAAAUAUAAAAUUCCUCCCAUAUCAGCCAACACCAACUCUUCAACCGCUCGAGAAUCCACAUCUAAUUUUCAGUCAAACUCACUUAAUCCAACCGCUUCAAUACCUUUUGGUUUUCCUGGUACAGAAAAAGUACGACAACCUAUGGUGAGGUUACCCAGUUUUUAUCCUCCACCUCCAUUGAAUCUGGCUGCUCAACAACAUCUUGACACUUUUAUGCGUCUAAGGAAUGGUUUCAGUUUACAGAGACCUUUGGGGUUUUCAGGAUCAUCGUUUCCUGUAAUUCCUGGAUUUUCUUCGCCUAUUUAUCCGGCGAAUUUACUCAACUUUCCAAGACCGACGCCUGUGGGAACUGAACCUCGACAUGCUUCACCAUUUCCAACUUGUUUAACUAGCUCUCCACCUACACCAACAGCAACUCCUCCUGUAACUUUAGUGGUACCGUUCCCCAUUCCUCUUCCAAUACCAAUACCAGUGCCAAUUUUUUUUCCUUUAUCACAUAGUCUUUUCAACAAAAACUUGGACACUACUUCUAAUUUGUCUUCACACUGCGAAGCAGAGGUAUUAAAUAAAAGCACGUCCAACAUAUCUGAAAAUCAACAGACUUCUGAAAAUGAAACCCCAGUAGAUGCUUCGAUUCCAAGAAUUACUUCACUCCAAGUUCAGGAAAAAUCACGUUCUUUAAGUUCAUUGGAGCAAAUUUCGCACAGGAAGAAUGACAUUGACAUUUUGAGUAAUUGUUUGAAUUUUCCUACGACACAAAUUCAAAAUGAAAAUGAAUCUGUUGAAAGCAGAAAAAGCUCCAGAAGAAAUAAAAACCCUUGUCAUUCGACAUGCCAAGAAGAAAAUACAGUUGAUUCAAACUCUACACAUGUACCAGCAAAUUCUGGAGAAGAACGAGAAGAAAUUUCUGGAGAGAAUGAUAUCGUUGGACACUAUAACUCACUUCUUCCUUCAAAAUUUUUAAAUAGACAAAAACGAUCGUUAUGUGAUCCCAACUUGAAUGAGACUCAACCACAACCUAAGAGAAAAUACGUUUAAGAUAAAACUUAACUUUUGGUUCUUAAUACUUAAAAUGACUUCUACCAUUACCUUGAAGAGAACAAUGAAAUGUAGACAGAACUAAUCUAUAGUCCUUUUUUCGAACUAUUAAUAUCCGUAGAUGCACAUCUCAUUUUAUUGCUUAAACAACUUUUUUAUAAACGGGUACACCUUACUGAAAAUGAGAAAUCCCCCCUUGAGGUAACAUAUACGUUUGAAGUUAUAUCUUUAACAAGUAAUUUCCGAUUCAACGGUAGAAAAUAUGAUCAUUUUGGUAAGUGGUGGGUAUACUAUCAGAUCUGGAAAUCUGGAAGCUAAAGAAUGAGGUACAUGGCUGUGUAGGACAUGAUCAGGGAAUCAUUUUACCUUGCUGUUUUCUUGGGUCCAAGCAAUUCACCCCGCACGCUAUUUCCCCAUUAUUUGGUCCCACUCUCUUCUCUUACACUUGUAAUAUUAUUGUACUAAACUCAAAAUGUCUUCGUAUUCUACGUUCAUAACCUGAUCUUGAAUCGUUCUCUCCACCUAUACCCCUCGCAUCGUUGAGAUUCUUACCACAUUGAAUCAUACCAAUUAGAGGGUGAGGUGUCGGAUAAGUCCGUAAGUUUACCGCUCCUGUACACAGAUGUACUUUUCUUUAACUACACUUGUAAAACAUCGGAGAUUUUGCUACUUUACAUUUGCAGGUUAUAUUUGAUUCCAAUCUCGUUUUAAUCUCGACAAGAGAAAACACUCAGAUUCUGACUCGUUGUCUCAGCAGUUCCUCACAUGUAUCACAGAAAAUUCGGGAAUAUGAGUGUUUCAUAGAUAAUGCACUAUAACAAUGCCAUCACAAUUGUCUGAUAACUCUGCUGACAAAACUUCUUUGGAUGUUAUCCUAUUAUAGAUCAGCGUACACCUUCGAAGUCCUCAUAAAAUAAUGAACAUUCCGGUACAUUUUCAGAAAAACAAAAAUAAUAAAUGCCGGAUAUGGUUCCUACAAAGUCUUUUACCAUUUCUAAUACCGUUGAGUCGGAGAUUACUUGUAUACUGUAACAUUCAGGUUUUUAAACGCCGAUAUUUGAGUAUUAUUUGUGGUAUGCAUUUGGACAUUAUGUAACAGUUAUAGCAAACUUAUAAAAUUGAUAAUUUUAAGAAACUAUACACAUUUGCUUUUGGAUGUUUUUUAAAUGCAAAAAAAAAAAAUCAUCAAGAGUGCAACAACAUAACUUUUUGUUACGAGUUUCUAGUUGAUAAAUAAUUUAGAAGUUUUAAACUUUUCUUUACAGGACAGUGAAAAUUACUUUGUGUGUUUACGCGUGCUUCUUCUUGCAACGUAUAAAAUGUUUUUCAACUUUUGUAUGCGACACAGCAGGAGUAAGUUUUUAGGUGUUUAUUUUUUAAUAACUUUAUGUAUAAGUGUUUGGUAUAUUUUCUGUCUUAUUCUCUUAAAAAAUUAAAUCAUGAAGACAUCAAACUACAAAUUUUUUUUCUUAUAUUUAAUCCUUUUAUCACGAGCUACGAUUUCGAAAAUAUACACCUGGAUAAAAGUUAAGCACCCCCGUGUUUUUUUCAAGUGAUUCAGAUUCGACGUUCUUGUGACUAAUUAUGAAUUACCAUUCAAUCUAAACGUGUUUAUCAAAUGAAAUUAUGCAUUAUUGGGCAC